AUGGCUGUUAAAAACAACUGUGAUAAUAUGCACGCAAAAAUGAGUUAUUACUACGGUUAUAUAAACGGCCGUAGUAAUAUGGUGUUAUCAAAGAUAAAUUUUGUUCCGCCUAACCGUUUUGAUUUUGUUUAUUCCAAUUUAUGGAAGGUGGAGGUGCCUAACAAAGUCAAAGCCUUCGGUUGGAGAUGUUUUAAGAACAAGAUUCCUACUAGAGAUUCGCUAUUGAAAAAGGGAAUUCUUCUAGCUUCCUUGAAUCUUAUGUGUGUUUUUUGUGAUGAGGUUAGUGAAUCUCCUUCUCGUUCUUUUAUGAUGUGUCGGCAUUCCGGUAAGGUUUGGAAAGAUAUGGCGGAGUGGAUAGGUAUGGACUAUUGUAAUCCUAUGGAUUUUAAAGAAAGUUUUUGGGUGUGGAGUUCUUUUUGUCAUCAAAAGAAAGUUAAAAAAGGAAAGGAAGGAGUUGUUUGGUUGGCCAUUUUAUGGAGUUUGUGGUUGAGUAGGAAUGAAAUUAUAUUCAACAGUUCUCCUUGCAACGCUCAUGAUCUUAUAUGGAGUUGUAAAGUUCUUGUUUGGAGGUGGUCGGGCAUAGAGAAAAUUACACAUCCCAAUUGUAACUUCUACGAGUUAAGCAAAAACCCGUUGUUUUACUUAAGUUAG